ACGCAUGCGCAUCGCAAACGAGGCAGCCGGCCUCCAACAGCAGUCAUUGGUCGCAGCUGGUCGCUCCUCUGUCUGCUUUGACUCGGUAGUGGAGUCAGGUGCCUUCAUCCCCGGCUGCUGUAGAACUGAAAACCCUUUCGGAGAAGAACUUUAAGCUUUUACGAACUUGAAGAACAAACCGGAAGCUGUUUGAACCCGAACUCAGAAGAGACAUGCCGAACGCUGUGCCUUCCACCGGUGACACUGAACUGGACCAGGCUGUCCAGCUGUGGCUGCAGUAUGACAAGAACCCUAAAACAGUCUCAAUGGUGAACGACCUGCUGAAGGACGGCGCUGUGGAGGCUUUGAAGAAAUGCUUCUCCUCCAGGAUGGAGUUUGGUACCGCCGGUCUGAGAGCAGCCAUGGGCCCCGGCACAGCCUGUAUGAAUGACCUCACUAUUAUCCAGACCACGCAGGGUUUCUGCUGUUAUCUGGAGCAGACUUUUGGGAACCUGAAGGAGCGAGGGGUGGUGAUUGGUUACGAUGCGAGGGCCCACCCUCCCAGUGGAGGCAGCAGCAAGCGAUUUGCCAGUCUGGCUGCUGCCGUGUUCACAAGCAGAGGAGUCCCGGUUCAUCUCUUCUCUGACAUCACCCCGACGCCCUUUGUGCCUUUUACAGUUUCCCACCUGAGUUUGUGUGCAGGGAUCAUGGUAACUGCCUCCCACAACCCCAAACAGGACAAUGGCUAUAAGGUUUACUGGGAAAAUGGUGCACAGAUUGUGUCUCCUCAUGACAAAGGAAUCUCUAAAGCCAUUGAAGAAAACUUGGAGCCUUGGCCGGAGUCCUGGAACGCAGAGGAGGCCCUAAAAAGCCCUUUGCUCAAAGACCCCUACCAAGACGUCCACACACAAUACUUCAAAGCCAUCCAGAAACUCUGUCAUUACAGGGACAUAAACAAGAGCUCAGAAGUGAAAAUAGUGCACACGUCUGUGCACGGCGUUGGUCACACUUUUGUCCAGUCGGCAUUCAAGGCCUUCGACCUUCCUCCUCCGUAUGCCGUGGAGGAACAGAAGGAUCCAGAUCCUGAAUUUCCCACUGUCAAAUACCCCAACCCGGAGGAGGGAGAGGGAGUUUUGACGUUGUCAUUUGCGCUUGCAGAGAGGGAGGGGGCCUCCGUGGUGUUGGCUAAUGACCCAGAUGCUGAUCGAUUGGCUGUUGCUGAAAAGCAAGAGAGUGGACAGUGGCGAGUCUUCAGUGGAAAUGAGUUGGGAGCGCUGCUUGGUUGGUGGUUGUUCAGCUGCUGGAAAAACCAAAACCCUGAAGCUGCUCGCUUAAAAACCAUCUACAUGCUAUCAAGCACGGUUUCAUCCAAAAUACUGAGGGCCAUUGCUCUAAAGGAGGGCUUCCACUUUGAGGAAACUCUAACAGGAUUCAAGUGGAUGGGAAACAGAGCCAAAGAUCUAAUGGACCAGGGCAACGCCGUGUUGUUUGCUUUUGAGGAGGCAAUAGGGUACAUGUGUUGUAACUCUGUCCUGGACAAGGAUGGAGUCAGUGCUGCAGCAAUAGCAGGAGAGAUGGUUUCCUAUCUGGCCACUAAAAACAAAAGUCUAUCCCAGAAGCUCUCUGCCAUCUAUGAAGAGUAUGGCUACCACAUCAGCAAAAACUCCUACUUCAUCUGCCACGAUCAGAAGGUGAUCCAGAGUCUAUUUGAGCGUCUGCGCAACUUCAGCGGCAAACCGGACUCUUACCCCUCAGAAUGUGGCCGCUUCUCCAUCUCUGCUGUUCGAGACCUGACCACCGGCUACGAUAGCAACCAACCCGACAACAAAGCUGUCCUUCCGAUCUCUCGCUCCAGUCAGAUGAUCACGUUUACUUUCUCUAAUGGGGGCGUAGCCACCAUGAGAACCAGUGGGACAGAGCCAAAAAUCAAAUACUACACUGAGCUCUGUGCUGCUCCUGGUAACAGUGAUGUGACUCACCUAAAGAAGGAGCUGGAUGAUCUGGUUAAGGCCAUCAUUGAGAACUUCUUUGAGCCGGCAAAGAACAAGCUGCAGCCCAAGCCUGAAUAAUUCCCUAAAAUGUUAUUUCUGAAACAUUCUUCAACACAAUCUCUUACUGAGGAGAUGCAAUGCAGAACUGGCUUACCUUUUUUAAUUGUUUAUUAAUUUUAAAGUUGUCAGUUUUUACAUAGAUGAAAAUAAUUUUGUCUGCAGUUUUAUAUUCACUACUCACAAAAAUGAGGGAUAUAUAUAUAUUUUUUUUGUUUUCAGUAGAAAUUCUGUAAUUCAUCUUUACAGCUGAUUGUUUCCAUUGUAAAUGUUCUACUGAUCAGUGCUGGAAAUACGACAUUCUCUUCUGUGACAAAGUGAUAGCUGUAAAAAAAAUCACAAGUCUGUAAUCGAGGAAUCCAUUACUUUUGAUGAAAUUACUCAGCAGACGUUAGGUUGUCUUUGAAGUCGAGAUGUAAGUAAUGUUUAGGGAUAAACAGUAUAUAAGAUUUAUUUGUUAAUUUAUGUUUAGAUUAUACAAGAUAGCAAAAUCCCCUAAUCUUAGUUCCACAUGCUUACCCUGUUUACAUAACACUGCCAACUUAAAAAAAAAAUAUGAAUUACACUAAAAAGUUGGAAGGUCCUCAUUUUAUUUUAUCAAUACAUAUGCAAUUUGUAGCAUGUGAUUUUGAGCUUGAAUCUAACAAGUAUUAUUUUCUACUUCAGUUAAGGACCACAUCCUGCUUUACUUUGUUGUUUUGUCUGAAAAGACCAACUAUAUGUGCAACAUGCCAUUCCAUCAGUCAUUCCUUUGUGUUGACAGUUUUCCAUUGUUUCUUGACUGCUGUUAGUUUUAUUUCCAAUUUUCUGACUUGGCUGUAAACAAUGCUGUUACAGAUUUCAGGAAUAAUUUUUACUUGAUAUUUAAAGUGCUUUAAAACUUUAAAGUAUAACUUUACAAGAUUAUUUUUUUUCCCCCCGCACAAAAAGGUUGAAUAUUUCCUUACAUUGUGUUAAUGCAAAUCCUCAUUCCUGUUUUAAUAUAAAUGAAUCUAAAUUGAUUAAUAUGUUUAUUUUCCAGUAUGAAUGAACACACUGCUAGGGUACCAGCCGACUGGGACGAGCAUCCAGUUUCCUGUGAUGUAACACUAUUUUCAUCUAAAUAAAACUGUUCGAGUGAGA